AUGACCGUCACGUCGUUCUUACGCCGGCUUGAUGCGCGGAUCCAGACUCAAGAAAGCAGGAUUCAGAAGAGGGAGGGGACCAGGAAAUGGGGAAACGAAGAUCUCGACCCAACACCAGUUGAGGAAAGAACGUGGAGGCACUGGAACUACUUUAUGUUCUUUUGGGCUGUUUCCUUCAAUCCCAACCAAUGGAACACGGGCUCAAGCCUGGUGAAUCAAGGGCUUAAAUGGUGGCAAGCUCUUCUCUCCAUUGCGGUGGGAAACCUGCUCUGCUCCGUCGUCCUGGUGGUUCAAUCUCGCGGACCGGCGGUCUACCACAUCGGUUAUCCAGCCUUCGUACGGGCCAGUGCGGGCAUGUUCGGAUCGCUGUGGUUCAUCUUCCUCCGCGGCUGCGUCGCCAUCAUCUACUUCGCGACGCAGACAUUCUACGCCGGGAAGUUGUUCGAUGUGAUGCUCCGCUGUGCCUUUGGCCACAACUGGCAGGAUAUCCCGAACCACCUGCCCGAAAGCGCCGGCAUCACCACGCGCGGCCUCGCCGCUUUCUUCCUCUACUGGGCCAUCCAGCUGCCCUUCAUGCUGAUUCACCCACAGCGGGCCAAAUGGCUGUACACGAUCAAGAGCGUUAUCGCGCCGCCUGUGCUGAUCGCGGUGUUCGGGUACGUGGUGGGUAAGAACGGCGGCUUGUCGGGUUCAUCGCAGAUCACCAAGACCUCGACGACCACGGUGCUGGGCUGGGCCUUCAUGAAUGGCAUCAACUCGGUGUGUGGCAGCAUCUCGCCUGAGAUCAUGUCCAACGCGGAUCUCGCCCGUUACGCCAAAAAGCCCUCGGACGCCGCGUGGGCGCAGGCCGUGGGUAUCUUCACCAGCAAGACCUUCGUCAUCUUCAUGGGCAUUGCGUGCUCCAGCGCCUCGCUCAACCUCUGGGGGACUGCGUACUGGAACAUGUGGGACCUCCUGGGUGCCAUUUUGGACCAUAACUGGAAUGCCGGCGCGCGAACGGCCAUCUUCCUCGUCUGCCUCAUCCAGGCUCUUGCUGUCAUGGCAACCAAUCUGGCGUCGAACUGUCUGCCCGUGGGCGCUGACUUGACUGGAUUGUUCCCUAGAUACUUCAAUAUUCCGCGCGGCCAGGUUUUCUGCGCUGUCAUCAGUCUUGCCGUGGUACCCUGGAAGCUCCAGGCAUCGGCGCAGACCUUCCUGACCUUUCUUGGGUCCUACGUGGUCUUCAUCGCGCCGGUGAUUGCCGUUAUGAUUGUCGAUUACUGGAUCGUUCGCAAGGGCAACAUCCACGUGCCAUCACUGUACGACGACAGCCCCGACAGCCCCUACUACUACUGGAAGGGCUUCAAUCUACGCAUGUUCGCAGCGUGGGUGGCCGGCGUAGUGAUCGUGAUCCACGGACUCGCGGGCAACUACAACCCGCACUUCAACCAGGCCAGCAAGGACAUGUACACGAUGGGCUUCAUCCUGGCGUCUCUGACCGGCGGGCUGGUGUACUACAUCUUGGUACGCAUCUGGCCGAUCGUCCCAUACCCGGCGGAUCGUCGUGGCAUGCCCAAGACCCUGGAGUUCCUCGGCCGCACGGACGGAUACUUUGAGGACGACGUGAUCGACGGCAUCAGCAGUGGGCACCACCAGCAGGAGGCCUUUGCGGAGAAGAUGAUGCCGCCGCCCAAUGAGAAGGAUGUGGCGCACACUUUCACUUCGUUGGCUUGA